ACAAUUAUGAAUAUCGUAUAUUUAAACUGGAUAUAAGUUAUCCUUAACCAUGGAUAAUGAUUCAAGGUCACAUGGAUUAAAACUUUUUUAACUAGAAGCUACCAAAGUUCGGUACUCUUUUUCUUUACACGCACUGUAUAUCCAAGUUGAUAAUAUUGCUAACUACUGGGUUUCAUUGUUCAGUUUUUAUCCAGGCGCCCUUUUGGUACAGUUGGUUAAUUCACAAAGCGGGAAUACAUGCUAUUUAUCGAAAAAUAUACGAUCAAAUUUGAAUAGGCUUACUUUUACCGCAAAUCAACUCAUAAUACAAAACGUGUCCAGCAGCAGACUAUUUCCUAUUUCCCUGUUUACGUUGCCUUCAAUCCCGUCGAGAUUCGUCCUCGUUCUCCAUAUUCUGUGGACCUUGAAUAUUAAGGUGAACAGCAUGUCCUCAAUGAGUGAACAAGAUUUCUGGCGUGUUUUGACACACAUUGCUGAAAAUAUGAAGACAGAUGAGGAAACUGGCAAACUAGGAUUGGAACUGGGAAUCCCACAAUACGAUAUCGAAGGCUCCAAGGUCGCAAACCGACACGGUAUAGUUUACGAAGGGACCUUUAAUAUGCUCAAAAAAUGGUCGAGGCUACAACAUCAGGAAACAAGCUUAAGGAUCUUAAGACAAGCCUUGGAGAGGGUCCGCAGGAUAGACCUAUGUGAAAGCAUGGACCGCGGUGAGAGUACUUCUUCAAUACCUGACGUUGCUGCUUUUGCUUUUGCAGAAACAGAGUCAAAUGAGCUGAGUAACAUCAAAGAGAAGCUGGGUAAACUCAGAGAGGAUCUGAAAAAUUACAGAAAGCAUGAUAAGACGAGGCCAGAAGUAGUUCGGAUUGGACUGUAUGGCGUUAUUGGGUGUGGAAAAUCUGCUUUUGCCGAUUCUAUUAAGCAAGCUUUCACUGGUACAUACGAAUAUUGCGCCGGCGAGAUGCCAAUGGCCACCCAGGGAACAAAGAUUAAACAGAAGAUCCCCAUUACAGACCGUAUUCAUAUCAUGGACGAUAGAGGAACUAGAGGCCUCGACGUGAGGCUAAUAAGGGAAGAGUUAAUACCCCAGAUAUGUGGCAAGCGUGGAGUCGAUAAUCGCAAAAGGAUUACGGGAGGAACGGUGAUACACUGCCCUGUUUUUGUCUGUACAUUUAAACCUUUUGGGAUCCGUCACCUUGAUGUGCUGGAGCCAUUUAUCCAAGAGUUUUCCCGUGCCGUUAUUGAUCUUUACGGUCGACAUAUGAUGGUAGUGGUUCUUCAUAAGGAGUAUCUGCAACAGAAUGGAAUGUUAACGGAUGUAAAGGAAAGGUUUGAAAGUGGGACAGGUGUUCCAGUUGACAACUUUUGGAUAUUUGAAAACUACACUCGGAAUAACCAUGAACACAAUGACGAAAAAAGCAUUGAUUUUCUCAAAUUCCUUAAGAGAUGCGUGUUAGUGGGAGAAAUGAAUAAUGACUACAUAAUUCAGAAAAGUGCCGAAAAGCAAUCCCCGUUAGAUCGACUGUUGACUUGGUACCACACAUCUUAGAGAUAUUUCCAUGAAUGGUACUUUGUAUUUUAAGGAGUGGUGUCGGUACAUGCCACUUUGAUAAGUGACCUUUUUUAAAGGCAUGGUAAUUUACUGGCACUACUUCUGAUUUAGGUAUACUGCCAUCUGCUGUUCACGAUGUUCCGAUUUGUCGACAGCCAUGUCCCACAAUGCAUCACCAACUGCAUGACGCGCAUGAUGAUGCUUGGGUUACAGGAACCAGAAAUCGCUCUAUGUACGCCUUCAACAGAAACUGGCGCAAUUGAAAAUACAUUACUUCAGUGGUAGCGAUGUCGGUAAAAUACCCUGCCUUUAAAGGUACUAUGUCCCUUUUACAGCCAACCCCAA